ACGUAUUGCUUGUACUGUAAACGUGAAAUACAUAUUAUUUCGUCAGUAGAACAAGUACUUCUGCUUCUUUUCCUUUUGAUAACUUUUUAAUUAUUUUAAACAUUAAAACGGUAGCAAGCAACAAGAUGGAGGCAAUUAAUUUUACAGCCAAAACCAAAAAAUUGGAAUUAGUACGUGUACCUGUACCUGUAAUUACCCAACCCGAUCAGGUCCUUAUUAAGGUGGCUUAUUCUGGCAUAUGUGGUACCGAUCUUCACAUUAUUCAGGGAGAAUUUCCUUGUAAUGAAAAAAACUCGUUCACAUUAGGACAUGAAUUUUCUGGUACUGUUGUCGAUGUCGGUGCAGACGUUAAAAUUUUUAAAAAGGGCGAUAAUGUUUCUGUUGAUCCUAAUAACGGUUGCAACAGCUGCGAUUUCUGUCAUUCCGGCCAACCUCAUUUUUGUCCUGUUGGUGGCAUUUUGAACACAGUAGGGAUCUACAGGAAUGGCGGAUGGGCUGAGUACUGUCUGGUUUCAUUAACACAAGUUCACAGAAUCCCUAACAAUGUUUCUUUAGAACAAGCUGCAUUGACUGAGCCCUUAUCUUGUUUGGCGCACGGAUUCGAUAUAAUCAGCCCCGUUACUGUUGGACAAAAAAUCCUCAUCACCGGAGCUGGAAUUAUAGGUAACCUCUGGGUGUGUAACUUGCAUCUACAAGGUCAUCGAGAUGUCACCGUAUCCGAACCGAAUUUAAAGAGAUUGGAGAUGUUAGGAAAAUUGAAUACAGGAUUCAAACUGUUAACACCAGAUGAAUUAAAGAAAAACCAAAAGGCUGAUCCAAAUUAUAAAUUUGAUGUAGUAAUUGACUGCAGUGGCUUCCCGCCCGCUAUUGAACAUGCCGUUACCUUGUUGAGAAGAGGUGGAAAAUUAUGCAUUUUUGGUGUUGCACCCCCUCAUGCAGAAAUCAAGAUUAAACCAUUCGAUGUUUACAUGAAUGAGUUGAAGAUUUUUGGGGUACUAAUAAACCCUUUUUGCUUUCCUAAAUCCUUGGGAUUAAUCGAAGCGAUGGGCGAUAGAUACUUAAACUUCGAGAAUUUAGGGAUAAAAACGUUUUCGUUGAGACAAUACCAAGAUGCAAUCGAAAUGUUAAAAAGCGGUACUAUAGCUAAAGCGAUUUUCAAACUAUAAUUAUUUUCCGUAUUAAUUUGGAUAAAAUUUGUUUGAUGUCUAUAAUAGGUAUUUCUAUACAUACAGUGUGAACCGUAUGAAAUGAAAAAAUUCUCUAACGUCCAAUAAAUGGAGAAAAUGAUGUAUAAUUGGGUAAAGAUUUAUUGGAAUAAAUAAAUAUAACAUAUGCAAGAGUUUUUCCUUUAA